AUGAUUUCUGUUUGCCCACAAAAUGACUUGCAAAAAUGCUACAGAAGCCUCACAUUCGAUGUUCCAGGACAACAAUUCGAAGAGAGAAAUGAACAAAACCUUAAAAAACGGGCCAAAAAGAAAGGCAGUUUCCAACCAUCUGUUGCCUUUGACACAGUGCCUUCCACCGCUGGUUAUUCUUCUAUAGACGACAGCAGGGAAGGAUUCAAAGGUGUACCUGUUCCCAACUAUUACACGAUGGAAGAGUGCUAUGACGAUGAAACAGACUCUUUUUCGCCAAAUUUGCAAUAUUAUUUGAGAGAUACAUUCCAAUCAUCACCUUUUCUGAAUACUAGAAAAGAGAACAAAUCUGAAUCCAGUAGUUUUCCAAUGAGAUCCUCAAAGUUGUUGGAAAAGAAUUCUGACAUCAAAAAAUAUUUCUUGGUAUCCAAGAAUGGAAAAAUAGUGAGGAGAGACUAUCCAAGCACGCCAGUAAUUGUCAACGAAACGUUGAUGAUAAACAGGUUUGAAAAGAACUGGAUAAAGUUAUGGCGCCAAAGAAAACUACAAAUAAAUGAAAGGCUGAAUGACAAAAAAAAAUGGUUUACUUACCCAGAACUUAUCUUCUCUGAAGAGCGUAUUAAACCGUUAUAUAGAGGAGAUGAUAGUGCACCAUGUACAAAAGAACAAAAAAGAAAGCAUAAAAUACUUCAACAAAAGGUCGGAUAUCCCAAUAACCCUAAGACAAUAGUUUGUCACAUUAACGGAAAAAAACAUACGUGGGUUGCCCUAGACUGGACAGUCUACAAGUUUGCACGAAAUCUUGAUCACAUUGUUGUCAUAACUACACUGCCAAAAAUGAUUUCUAACAGGAAAAAAACUGCAAAAGAUGAUACAGAAUGGGCACCGGGAUAUCAAAAAGAAGUAAUAGAUCAAAAAUUAAACGACAUUUUUGAUUAUAUUUUACAGCUAGUAAAAGUGGUCAAAAUAUCCGUCAAAAUUACUUUAGAAAUAAUUGUAGGCAAAAUUAAAAAAAGUCUGGUAGAUGUCAUUAAUGUCCAUACUCCAGAUUUCUUAGUUCUUGCUACUUUAAAGCACGAGCGAAAUGAGAAUCUUAUUACAUAUAAAUCCAAAAAGCUGACAGAUGUCUUUCCUGUUAGUUAUCCGAUUCCCACAUUUGUUGUUCCCUCGAAACGAAUGUAUUCGUUCGAACUGAAUCUACAAAGAGAAGUAAAUGAACAUUAUGUCUCAAAAAAUCAUAUGAAGCACGAACACACUGACGUUGAGAGCAUGAGCAGUUCAAUGUUCAAAAAAAAUACAAUAUCAGAUAUUUCUUCACAUAUUUCCGUAGAUUCGUACGCCGAAGAUUUCAAAAGGCAAGGCUACAUCAAAAAGCAGUUCAACACCUCUAAUGAUUCCAUUCCAAGAAAAUUGACCGGUCUCGCCCAGCAUUCAAGAAGGAAGAUCACGGGUGAUAUAGAAAAAUUACAAGACGAUGAGAAAGAUAGAGAAUGUACUAAGGAAAAACUUUUGUUGAAGAAAAUUGAUAUCAUAAUUAGAGAGUCAUUGAAGUCUUCUUUAGCGAUAGAGACGUUGCCUGGUAAAAAUGUAUCGCAGUCCAGUCACGGUGACCAAAUUUCCAGCUUUAAGAAUGCUUUGAUAGGCAAUGGGUCGAAAAACACAAAGUUUAGAAAAUCUUUAAUACCAUAUUCUUCCUCAGAGGAACAAAAUACCACAACAACUAUUAAACUCAGUAGCUCGCCUACGUCCCAAAUCAAGUUUGCAACCUCUGUAAAACACAAAGAUGGAAGAGCCGCCCUUGGCAAAGCCAGAAAUCUGCCUGAUAUAAGGCACAGUAUUUCCUUCGACAAAGAAAAUUCCUUUGAUCCAUCUGAUAAAAGCAGUAGUGUUGAUAAUAGCAUUCCUUUGAGGAAAGUUAAAAGUGCCGGUGCGUUAAGAAAAGUCAAAACUAAUGACUCCUCAAGUAGUGCAGGGUCAAAGAAAAGCUCGUCUAGUUUUAGUACUGUGAACACCUUCACUGGGGGUGGAGUUGGGAUUUUUAAGGUGUUUAAAAGUGGAAGUUCCUCUGGAAAUAAAUCAUCCAGUAGAAGGAAUAGUAGCAGUGGCGAUGUUUUUGAAAGUGAUGAUCGUAACGACAAGAAAAAGAAGAAGAAAAAAAAGAAGAAAUCAUUGUUCUUAUUCGGCAAAAUAUGA